AAAGUGAUCUCACUGAAAUACUGCGUCGUUCACUCAGGUGAUUCUCGUCUCUUCCCACAGGUGAAUGGGCGAGACUUCUCCAAGGUUGAACAUGACCAGGCUGUGGUGGAGGCCAUCAGGAGAGACCCCAUCGUGGUCCAGGUCCUGCGCCGGACCCCUAACGGGGCUGCCACGGCUGCAGUCGCUCACAACCUUGGCGGCACAUCGGAGGACGUGUGUGUCGUGGACGUUUGCACACAAACCGACAUCACCUUCGAACACAUCAUGGCGCUGGCCAAGCACCGAGCCACUACCCCUCCCGUCCCUGACAUCUGCCCCUUCCUUUUGUCUGACAGCUGCCAUUCCAUCCACACCAUGGAACACGAGUUUUACGAGUGUCCCGAGUACUUGUCCAACACCCAGGCAGAGGUGGAGAGGACGGAGGAGUUUGAGUAUGAGGUACUUGGGGAACUGUGCCGACAGAAUAGCCAGGAGAAGCUUGGACUGACGCUGUGCUACAGGACUGACGAUGAGGAGGACACCAGCAUCUACGUCAGCCAGGUGGAACCAAACAGUAUAGCAGCAAAGGAUGGACGCAUCAGGGAAGGAGACCGUAUUUUACAGAUAAAUGGGUGCGAGGUGCGAGACAGGGAGAAAGCCGUUGCCUUGUUGUCAAGUGAAGAAGCAAGGAGCAUCGUACUGCUGGUGACAAGACCCGAAAUCCAGCUGGAGGAGGAGGUAUGGCUGGAUGAUGAGCAGCAGGAGCUGGUGGAGGAGCUGAAGAUGGAGCUUCUGGAGGAGAGGAGAAAGAAAGAGCAGCGCUUUGACAGAGGAGACGAGCAUCAAGCUGAUGAAGAAAUGACAACAGACACAGCUACAUGUUCCUCCAUCAACCAAGACAGUGGCUUAGGACGCAGCACAGACAGUCCUGACCAUCAACCCUUGCUGGCCAGGCUCCACAGAAGAAGCCCCGCCCGUUGCCUCAGGGACCGAUGGAGGGCAGAGCAUCCACACACGAGGGCAGGGACAGAUGAUCCACAGGGCCUCCACAGUCAAAGGACUCCGUCUAAAGGCCAGGGCCACGAGGCCAUGGUUAGUAUCCCUAGUAGCGGAGGCGGGAUCCUCGGCUUAGAGAACUGCUUUCAGCAACUGCUGGAACUGAAGUGUCAAAUACGAAAUGGAGGGGAGUGCGGGGUGUAUUCCAUCCGACACAGCAUAGAGUGCAGCCUUACGGAAAAAGGCAGCGGGGAUGGGGACGGUGUGGAUAGCGAAGGAGAAGGGAGUGGGGUGGAGCAUGAGUUAAAGAUGCUCAAUGAGGAACUGAGAAGCAUCGAGCUGGAAUGUCAGAGCAUCAUGCAGGCACAUCAACUCCGCCAGACUUUAGACUCCACUCCCUGCUCACCAGGACGGAGCCCUAAGGAUGGGCACAAACUGCACAGCAGGUUGGCCGACAUCCAUGAACACCCAGAGAGUGACAAGAUCCGGGAGAAGGACAGCUCCAGUGCCUACAACACAGCAGAGAGUGCCAGGUCCACACCGCUCGGUAUGGAACGCUCUCCGGACCACUCUUUACAAAGACACAUCGCCAUCACCAACCAGAAAAACCUCAGACUGGCCUCGUCCACACCCUCCUGCCCAAUCCCCAUCCCUAAGCCUCAUGGUACACCCAGUCGUAGCAGACCAGCAGAGCCAGGACUCGUUAUCUCCAGCAGCCCUGACCAGAGCAACCAAUCCAGGUCGGAGUCAGACCCUGCCCUACCCGCAGAUGACGAGAGGUGUGAGAAGAAAGGUAGGAGCAGGGAAUCCAGGAGAGCACUUCCAUAUGGCUGUUCGUACCAAACAAGUCCUUAUUCAGGCCCAGGAGGAUCCAGGCAACUCCAGAGCUACAUGCAGCUGCUCCAGCAGCACUCCUCCCUGGAGUACUCCCAGAGCCAGCUGAGUCUGCUCAGUGUCUGCCGCGAUCCGGUGCACAGGAGCGGACGCCCUGGGGAACCGCGUCUGGAAUGGAAGGUCAAAGUGCGCGCAGACGGUACACGCUACGUGGCCCGUAGGCCGGCGCGUGAUCGCAUCCUGAGGGAACGGGCGCUCAGGAUCAGGGAGGAGAGAAGCGGAGGCAUGACCACGGACGACGACGCUAUGAGUGAAAUGAAGAUGGGCCGAUACUGGAGCAAAGAGGAGCGAAAGCAGCACUUGGCCCGGGCCAGGGAGCAGAGGAAGAGGAGGGAGUUCAUGCAGAAAAGCCGCUUAGAGUGUCUGAAGGAGGGCACGGCCAGCGGAGCCGAGGGCAAGAAGGAGAUCAAUAUCUUAGAGCUCAGUCACAAAAAGAUGAUGAAGAAACGGAACAAAAAGAUCCUCGACAACUGGAUGACCAUCCAGGAGUUAAUGAGCCACGGAGCCAGAGUUCCUGAGAGCUCGAAAGUCCACAACGCCUUCUUGUCCGUCACAACUGUCUAAC